ACGUCAUUUCCGCUUCGUGUGGCAAUAUGUAUCAAUGUCACGUCACGUCAAAUUACAGCUCCUACAGAUAUAUCGUGUUUGGUCUCCCAGGUAGUGAUUUGAUGUGUGCGUUUCAGGAGCGUGGCUAGGGAGCGUCUCUUCAACCGUAAAUGAGUUACAAUACUUCUUCAAUUGUUUAAUUGUAUGAUAGUUUAAAAACAACAACAAUCAAAAUGCAACACUACGUCGCAGCAGCGAGAGAUUUUGUUGAGGCGCACGCCAUUGGUAUCACCGUUGCAGUUGUUACAGGGGCAAGCCUGCUGGCCUUGCGCAGGUGGAUGGCGGGGGGAGUGUGCCGGAGCAAGGCCAGGCUGGAUGGGAAAACAGUGCUCAUCACGGGUGCCAACACAGGCAUCGGGAAGGAGACAGCCCUGGAUCUGGCGCGGCGGGGGGCCAGAGUAAUCCUGGCCUGUAGGGACUUGACCAAAGCCCACAUGGCGGCCAACUACAUCCGCCAGCAGAGUGGCAACAACAACGUGGUGGUGAAAAGGCUGGAUCUGGCCUCCUUGCAGUCAGUCAGGGACUUGGCCAAAGAUGUUAUAUUCAACGAGGACCGCUUGGACAUCCUUAUUAACAAUGCAGGUCUCAUGAUGUGCCCGAAGUGGAAGACUGAUGACGGCUUCGAAAUGCAGUUCGGUGUCAACCACCUGGGACACUUCCUGCUCACCAACCUUCUUAUUGACAUGCUGAAAAAGUCUGCGCCGAGUCGAGUCGUCAUUGUCUCCAGCUUGGCGCAUGAGAAGGGCCGCAUCCACUUUGAAGACAUCAACUUGGAUUUAGACUACCAACCACUUGCGAGCUACCGCCAAAGCAAAUUGGCCAACGUGCUCUUCUGCCGGGAACUGGCCAUCCGGAUGAAAGGCACCGGAGUGAACACUUACUGCCUCCAUCCCGGCGUCGUCCGUACCGAGCUGGGCCGCCACACUUUUCCGACGUCCCUGUGGAAGAAUCCGCUCCUUUACCCCAUUCUGAUGAUGAUCAAAACUCCCCGGGAAGGAGCUCAGACCUCCAUCUUCUGCGCCGUGGACGAGAGUCUGGCCAAUGUCACUGGCCUCUACUACAGUGACUGUGCCCUCAAGACUCCUGCUCCAGCAGCCAUGGAUGAUAGUGUUGCCAAGCGACUGUGGGCCCUCAGCUCCUCCAUGGUCGGCCUGGUCUGAAGUCGGUGUCCUGCCGCAUCUCCAUUCAUGAUGCUCUGAGUUAUUAUCACACACUGCUUUUUUUUUUAUUAAGAAUUUGACAUUUUAAUGAGACCUAUAAAUAGUCUGUGAUAUAUGCAAUUGUUUGGGUCACAUUGAAAAGAAAAGACGAGAGAAUAAACACAGAAUUAUUAAAGUGUACAUAUGAAAAGGAAGUCAGAGUAUUAUGUGGAAGGAAUCCUAAUUUUAUUGGAAGAGAAAGUAAACACAAGUAGGCCAAAAAAAGUUACUCCCCCAAAAAUGUAGUUACAGGAAAAUAUUAACACAGUCGUUUCUUAACAUACAAUAACAAAAUAAUAUGAGAAAAGGGAAGUGAAAAUAAACUGAGGUCAUGUGGUUGCACAAGGGUGAUAGUUGUUUGAACACAUGACGACUUUCACCUUUCUUCAUCGGGCUGUUAUCGGUUUGUGUGGCAAGAUCAAAGAAAAAAUUCCAUAUGGGGACUUUGAUCCGAUGAAACCAAUCCUCAAUUGGUUGGUUAUAAUACAAAAAGGCAUGUUUGGCGCAAACACAACACUGGUCUUCACCAGAAGAACACCAUCCCUACAGUGAAGCGUGGUGGUAUCAGCCCGUUUUUCUUCAGCUGGAACUGGGUCUUGAGUCCCGGUGGAGAGAAUUAUGAACAGUUCCAAUUAGAAGUCUGUUAGCAAGGAGCCUGAAACCUUUGUUCAAAUGCAAGUCGGGGAAAGCCAAGGACAAUGAACUUGAAUGAGAGGCUCUUUAAAUGGUGGAAGGUGUGUGCUGACUUGACAUAAUGAGCGUGAAUGUGAUUGGUUAAUUCUGAACACCACAUAACCAGCUCAGAGGGUGUGGACACUUUUGCAGCCACUUUGCCUCAGGUUAUUAUUACUGACACUUGAAAAGUUGUAUUAAUUGAAAUUAGUUUCAAUUGACUUGUGCAGGCUAUACGAACCCAAAUUUAAAAAAAAAAUCAUUCUUGUUGAUCUCAUUUUUAUACCACAAAACUAAUUGAGCAGUCGUCGAAAGACUUGUUAUAUCACCUCGAUUACAUUUUUAGUGUUUGUUUGAUUAUAUUUCAACCAUGAAAGUUACUGACAUUCCUGUGCAUUAUUUUGCAUGUAUUUGCCAACAUACAAAACUAUAUUUGAGCAGUCAUCUAUAGACUUGUUAUAUCACCUCUAUUACCUUUUUAGUGUUUGUUUGAUUAUAAUCCAACCAUUAAAGGUACUGACAUUCCUGUG